ACCGAAUCGAGCGGUCGCUCGACAGAAAUGCCCGAACGUCCGAAUAAUAAAAAGAAAUUGCGGCUAAUUGGAAUCUAGAUAGCUGCGCGUAUUAAUUGGACGUGCGUUUUACGUAUACGAGAAAGCGAGAGAAAGAAGGAGAUCGCGAUAUAGUGAGCCCCGUUUCGUAAUGAGGCCCAAAUCGGGACGGACGGAAAACCACUCCGAGAAAUUGGCCGAGCUGAAUAAAAAGAUACUGGAGGUUAAGAAAAAAAUCCAAUUGUCAGAGGGCCAAAGGAAGGCGCUGUUCGAGGAGUGCGAGGCCGAAAGGAAAUCGAACGCCGACGAAAUACUGAAAUUGAAGAAGGAAACGUCCGAAUUGGCGGUCACGUUGCACGAGGUGACCGGCACCGAGACCAAGUACAUCGUCAAAAACAAACCGAUCGAAGCCGGCGCAUGGGCCAACUUGAUGGACAAACGGCCCGAGGAGGUCCUGAAAAUGAUCGAUUUGCAAAUCAUCGAUAAAUCCAAACAAAUCGAUUUGCUUAGGUACAGAACCAAACAGAGAAGGAAAUAUUUAGCAGAACUCGCUGUUAAGUACCAAAAACUGUUGUUAAAGCACGAUAAAAACGAGGCACAGGAAAAGAUCGACGAGCCGGUGAAGAAGUCGACUACGCGCUUACAAAACCACAUACACGCCGUCAACGUGCAAAUCAGGGAGGCCUUGCACGUCAAACAAAAAUACACGGACAUCCGCAAGACGCUCAAAAGCGACGCCGACAAUUUCGAAGGCAACAUCGCCAAAAUGGAGGAGACUUUAGACAAGCAACGCGUCGACAUCGAAAAACUCCAAACGGUAAUGAACGAGGCCAGCCAAAUGAAGAACGCCGCGAGGAGCGUGCUGCUCAAAGAGGAGCGAUCGGCCAACGAGGCGGCUCAAACGAGAGAACAAGAGCUCAUAGAGGGUCGCAGGCUGGUUAACGAACGCAAAGCGGAGUUGGAGAUGUUGGAGAAGAAGAUAUUUCAAGGCGGCAAGUUGCCGAUCAGACCGGAACCGGAAGGGGCGGAAGAGGCGCCCGAAGAGGAGAAAUGUCCCACUCCUCCGCACCCGUUCGAGGUCAUUUCGCAGGCCUUCGAGGUGCUCAAGAAGGCCACCGGCGGCACGAGCACCGAAGAGGUUUUCGAGCGGUUUACGACGCAAAAGGAGGCCGAAGAGAAGCUGAUGCACCUGCGCACCAAGGCCGAAGGCGAGAAGAAACUGUUGGAGAAGAGAUUGGAGAAUUUGCACAAGAAAUUGGAUUCGUUCAGAUACGCUGAAGCCAAAGAUGCGGAAAGGAAGACGGGCGAAAUGGAUCAGCUUCAGAUCGAAAUCGACCGGCACGCGGAGGAAUCGCGGAAGAGCGUCGAUAGAAGGACGAAAACCGACGAGGCCGUCGAGAGCCUUUCAGCCAAUUUGCGGAACUUGUAUCUCUGCAUCAACCCGCUGGCGGUGCCCGAUUCGGAGGCUCUCGACGUCGUGGAGAAAAUCAAAUUCGACGUCGUCGAGAUUUUCCGAAAAAUCGGAUCGGAAGCGGAGCUGAAACGCGGCGAUACCAACGUCGAUAAGGAAGAUGUAGUCGAUCCUAGCGAUGAAAAGUGGUUGCCGGCGCCCUAUGCGGGUUUGGUGAGGAGGACGCCGCUGCCGCAAACCGGUUCUCCUGCUCCACCACCGCCCCCCGGUUCCGACGAUGAAGAGGAAGUACCUUCGAGAGGGUACCUAAAGCGACAGGCCCAGUUGGUUGUGGACGCGAAAUAUCGCAGGAAAAACGUCAGGUUGCAGGUGGCUCGUCGCAACUAAGAAGAAGAAGAAGCUUGGUAAAAACAAACGAUCGUCUAGUUCUUAGAUAUUUAUUCUAAC